AGCCAUUUCGGCUCACGCAAGUCUGGCUCAGGGCUCGCAGGCUCGAGGCUCGCCUCCGCCGCAGGGCUCGUAGGCAGCCAUGGCGCCGAAGGCGAUCGCGGGGGAGAAGAAGGCGAGCAGCAAGAAGGCAACCAAACAGCCCGUGCGCCUCUACGCCAAGGGCGUAAUCUUGGGCUACAAGAGGAGCAAGUCCAACGUGUACCCGAACACCACGCUCGUGAAGAUCGACGGGGUCCGCACGAGGGAGGACACCACCUACUACUGCGGCAAGCGCAUCGCCUACGUCUACAAGGCGAAGAAGGAGGUCAAGAACUCGAAGUACCGCGUGAUGUGGGGCAAGGUCCGCCGCCCCCAUGGCAACUCGGGCGUGUGCCGCGCCAAGUUCAAGAAGGCGAUCCCACCCCGCGCCUUCGGGGCCCCCGUCCGCGUCAUGAUGUACCCCAGCAGCGUCUGAGGGGCCCAGUUCUCUCCCCGGCGCUCCUGGGCCUGCUGCGGCAGUGCUCCUCCCCGCCUUCGUGCCCGCGCUUUCCUGCAGCAUCCCCCCUCUUCCCUCGUCCUCCUCCCGCAUGCCAGCAGAGCGCCGUGGCCAGGAGCGGCAGCUGCGAUGCCUGCGCCCCCGCGCCGCGUCGUCCGUGCCAGGUGCCCCUCCCCUCCAAAAGAGCAGAAGAGUGCAGAGCCAGCCAACACGGCGCCCAAGAUCGUGCAGCAGACGCCCUGCUUGCUCCUCGAAGCUCGGGCUUCCAGGAGGAGCUGGCGACCACCCCCCCCCCCGGUCGUGGCGGCGACGCUCUGGGCAUCGCCCGGGGUCUGGCGAAAGGGUGCCC